CCCUCCCUCCCUGGUUACCUCCACUUACCUCCUCCUCUCAGCCUGUGCGCGAAUGAGAGCCGCGAUCUCCGCGCAAUAACAAACACAGCGCCUGGCGUGAAGUACUCGCUCCUGGUCGCAUCAUAAAACGGCCGCCGCGUAACAGCCACCAGCCCCGCGUUCGGCUCGGACAUGAUCCCGGUGAUCCGGAGAUGAGGCUCAGAAAUGGCACCUUCCUAACGGUCUUAUUGUUUGGACUAUGCGGACUUAUAUCGCUGUCCUGGUACACCGCAUUCAGCAAUUCCAAAGGUGAUGUGGUGGACGUGUACCAGAGGGAGUUUCUGGCCCUGCGGGAUCGCCUCCACUCUGCUGAGCAGGAGAACCUGAAGCGCUCCAAAGAGCUCAACCUGGUGCUCGACGAGAUCAAGCGCGCCAUCGCCGAGAAGCAGGCGCUCCGCGACAUCAACCGCACCUGGAGCAGCCUCUCAGAUGAGACUAAACUGAAACUGUGGAAUGUGAGCAGCAGUAAGAAUGUCCUGCAGCUGCCCAGCAUCUUCCACCACCUGCCGCACCUGCUGGCCAAGGAGAGCAGCCUGCAGCCGGCCGUGCACAUCGGCCAGGGCCGCACUGGAGUGUCCAUCGUGAUGGGCGUGCCCAGCGUGAAGAGGGAGGUGCACUCCUACCUGACGGACACGCUCAGCUCGCUCAUGACCGAGCUCAGCGCCGCUGAGAAGGAAGACUGCGUCAUCGUGGUCUUUAUAGCAGAGACGGACCAGCAGUACGCCAACAGCGUGGCAGACAACUUAAAGCGCCUGUUUCCUGCAGAGAUCCAGUCGGGUCUUCUGGAGGUCAUCUCCCCCUCUGUCCACUUCUACCCAGACUUCUCCAAUCUGAAAGAGUCUUUCGGAGACCCCAAAGAGAGGGUCAGGUGGAGAACCAAGCAGAACCUCGACUACUGUUUCCUGAUGAUGUAUGCCCAGACAAAAGGAACGUACUAUGUGCAGCUGGAGGAUGACAUCGUGGCGCGUCCAAACUACUUCACCACCAUGAAGAACUUCGCCCUGCAGCAGCCGUCGGAGGAGUGGAUGAUUUUGGAAUUCUCACAGCUGGGCUUCAUCGGAAAGAUGUUCAAGUCCAUGGACCUGUCACUGAUCGUGGAGUUCAUGCUGAUGUUCUACAAAGACAAGCCCAUCGACUGGCUGCUGGACCACAUCAUGUGGGUGAAGGUGUGCAACCCGGAGAAGGAUGCGAAACACUGUGAUCGGCAGAAGGCCAACCUGAGGAUCCGCUUCAAGCCCUCCCUCUUCCAGCACGUGGGGACACACUCCUCUCUGGCUGGAAAGAUCCAGAAACUGAAGGAUAAGGACUUUGGGAAGCAGACGCUUCACAAGGGCCACGCCAACCCUCUGGCAGAGGUCACUACCAGCCUGAAGACAUAUCAGCACUUCACGCUGGAGAAGGCUUACCUGGGAGAGGACUUCUUCUGGGCCUUCACCCCAGUGGCCGGUGACUUCAUCCGCAUCCGCUUCUUCACACCUGUCCGCAUCGAGAGAUACUUCUUCCGCAGUGGGAACAUUGAACACCCUGGGGACAAGCUGUACAACACCACGGUGGAGGUGCUGCCUUUCGAUAAUAUCCAGUCGGAGAAAGAAGCCUUGAAGGAAGGCCGGGAGAAAGCGCCUAAGUAUCAUCGCACCGAGGAUGGCUUCAUCAGGAUAGGAAAGUUCCAGAAUGGGAUCGCAGAGGGAGAGGUGGAUCCCACGUUUGGUCCUCUAGAGGCCCUGAGGCUCUCGAUAUUGACAGACUCCCCUGUCUGGGUCAUCCUUAGUGAGAUAUUCAUCAAGAAAGCAGAAUGAGCAAACUCACAGCAAUACCUCACAAAUCCAUUCAGCCUUUCGGCAAAGGGAGGAGAGGCCUUUUCCGCCUGCUCAUCCCAGGCAUUGGCGCAGUGGUGAUUUAACAUGGUGGAAUGCCGCCACCUGCUGGCGAUAAGGUGGUACACCAGGCUCAAGUCAGAGAUGCCACGGUCAGCCAUCCCCCAAGAAAGCAAGGGAACGUUUUUGCCUGAAAAAUGACAGCGACCGUGUCUACGGGAAGGACGGAUGGCGCUGAAUUUUAUAAACUGUAUUUAUGUGUAUAUAUGCUCAUGUUUCUGUAAUUGUAAUUACACUGGUUAUCGUCCUUGGGCUUGCUGGAUUGUCUCGCCCCUUUGACGAAUUUACGACAUUUAAAAGUGCUGCUUUUGGAAUGAAAGACUUUGCUCUUGAUUUUUCCUACCUAAUUAAUCUUUCAUUUGCUAAAUUAAAAAAUGCCUUCUAUAUCAUUUUCUAAUUAGUUUUCUCCUCAAAGUAAUAGUUUUACUCAUGCCUACCAUAUGUAUUAGUUAUACAUUUUCAUGACUAUACAUAUUUGAAGUACAUACAUGCAUUUGAUCUUCGUAAAUGUGUGCUUGUAUGUACAGGUCUAGUGAGUGUCCCAAAGUCAAUUCUGAGAGUCUAGAUAGACAGGGUGAUGCGAAAAAGUGUCUUCAAACCUAGUUACUAUUUAAUUCUUUUUUCUAGAAAAAAGCAUCUUCCUCUUCCUUCUCUGCCCUUGCUCCUUUAUACACACACAUAAACUAGGUCUUUUGAGGCAUAGAUCAUGGAUAGAAGAUUACAUUAGCAAGGCCAUCUGUGCAAUCAUGUUUCCCUUUUCUCUCUCUCUCUUUCUUUCUUUCUUUCUUUCUUUCUCUCUCUCUCUCUCUCUCUCUCUCUCUGCUUGCAAUUUGCCUUAAUGUGACUUGAAGUUAGCUGCAGCCAGGAUCAGCUGGCAUGAGAUGGAGUUAUAGGUCAGCAGCGCUGGGAAUGGGAUUAGGAAGUGAGAUACACCAUGAUGAAACAGAACAGACGGGAAUGACGACCUGGGAGCUCGCGGGAGAAAAAUGAAAAACGCCCUCCGAUGCCUCUCUGUGCGGUCUUCGGUCAGAAACCCUGAAACUCGAAACGGACACAUCAGCUGAUGAGAUGCAGUGUUGACAUUCAUAUGCGCAUAGUCUGCCCACACCAGAGACAGUCUGCAGUAAACGUAUUGAGGAUGUCACUUUAUGUUUCUGAUGUGCUGGCAGUAGUAAAGUAAAAAAGUCAUAAAUGCACAGGACCUGCCUGAACAGGCCCAGUGUUAAUCAUUACUAUGGAGAGCCUAAUCUACCCUUCACUCGGGUCUGUCUCUUCCGAAUAACUUUCUCUCAGAUUCACACCCAUACAACCCCUCCCCACCACCAGCUACAACAGCAAUAAUCAAAAACACACAAUUGUUUUCUCAUCACAGAAUUAACAACAAUAAAAACACAUUACAUUUAUAUAGUUAUAUAGCUUUAUCUAGACACUCAUGACGCCUUACAGUAAAAGAGUGGGGGGACCUUAACUCAACUCUACCGCCACCAGCCUGGGUUUGUCAAUUUAAAUCCUGACCGUUUUUUUGGGGGUGGUUGGGUGGUUAGGAUCCGGAAGAUCAGGUUCCACUGGAACAUCUGCUUUUCCCACAUUACAGUCCACACAGAUAAGCCGCACCACUGGUGAGACAUUUGAGGGGACAUGUGUGUUCUUGGGUUGUUAAACAGAUAAAGGUACAUGAAGGAAAUUACUUUACUCAUAAUAGCUGGCCAUUUCAAUUCAUUAUCUUAAAACUGUAAUGGAAUAUUCAAAUACACAUAUUGAAGCAUUGUAAAGCAAUGCUUGUAUAUCACUUUACUUUCGGUCUAAAUUACCACAAAAGACACCUACACCUAAGCUGUGCCGCCUUUGGCAAAACAGUCAUAAAUGGUUUAUUGGGCAAUUCACUGUUGGACAGCAUAUCCACAGAAAUAUUACUUCGAACCAAAAAGGCAUUAUUUUUAAUGCAGCUAAUGUGGUUUUCACUUUGUCAGGAGAGUAAAGGUAUAAGUGGGAGUUAAGCUAUGCGGCUGAUGUACUGUAUGUAGCCUAAGUAGGCUAUAUCUGUAGAAUACUCCAGUGAGGAUAUAACAGGAGUUUGUCUGAUAUGCAUUGGACUAUAUAAGGUUGCUGCUUGUAACAAGGAGGCCUAAUGCCAAACCGAUGGCCCAAAUGUAGGCUAAGUAUUGUGUGGUAUAGUAGGUCCUUCACUGCAAAGAACUAAGGCGUGGGGGCUGGCCAAAUAAUGUACACUUAACAUCUGUUUCCUGUCCUGGCAGAGACCUGUUCUUUUUCUUUUAGGCCUAUCUUUUUUUUUUUCUCUCGUAAGAUUGUAAAAUGCACUGGAAUGCAUUGUGUUGUAUUUUGUAACAUUUAGAUAAACUAUAUUUAAUGAUGUUAUCUUCUAUCCAAUCUGUGAAUUGUAAUAAAGCCAAAAUGUAAUCAUUUGAAA